GAGCCUGCCCGUGUAGCCCCCCCUGUCCCAGCCCGGCCCGACUCUGAAGUGAAGGGAAUCAAGCUCCAAUGCUCAAAACCCUGCUUGCUCUGCGUCACAGAUUGGUAUCGCCAUGCCCCCUCGUUGGAUUUGCAAAUUUUUGCUGUAUUCUCCGAUCGAGGUUGUUGAUUUAGCGUCGCAUUUUGUAUCCAAAGCGUUCUUCAGACAAGUUGUUUUGUUUCAGGCUUUUUGCGUUCAGGGGUUAGUGUUUCUUAUCACGAAGGCGAAAGGAGCAAAGUCUUUUCUUUUGCAGUGGACGCUGGCCUGCAGACAUGGACUCUAGAGUAACAUUCAGCUUGUAGACUUUUAUUUCUUUUGGAGGGUCUUAUGAUGGACUGUCCUGAGUUUAUUGCAUUUUAAUUUGAGGGAAGAGAUUAGUGGUAGAUUUUUCAGAAAUUAGGAUUCAGGUCGAGACGUAAGCGAUAGUUUCAUGAUGUACUUCCGAUGCGUGAUUCAAUACUUACCUCAGAAGCCUACCAACAUAUGUGGUUUGUUGUGUGCGAUUUUAAUCGUGAGCUUAUCGAGCACCCGAGCCGAUUCAGGGACUACGCAUUCCAUUUCCUUGUCGAAUUAUCACUGUCCUGCACCGACACUUCAGGAAACAUUGGCUCCUCCUCUGGGUUUCUGCAGUUUCGAUACUCAAGCUUUCUCAUUCAAGCACAAUCAUGCUGCCUCUGACCAGCCACUAUCCGCUCGAGUUGCGGAGUUGAAUGAGACUACGUUGGAAAAAGCGUUAGACCUGGUGCACAGUAGCAAUGGGACGUACAUGGCAGUGCUCCAUUAUGCAACGUGGUGCCCUUUUUCGAGACAAGUGCGUCCUGUGUACGAUGUCCUAUCCACAAUCUUCCCCACUGUCCACCAUGUGGCCAUUGAAGAGUCUUCAGUCAGGCCGAGUGUUCUGUCUCAGUAUGGAGUCCACAGUUUCCCAGUGCUCUUUAUGCACAACAGAACUGCAAGGGUGCGUUAUUAUGGACCUAGACAACUCGAAUCCUUAAUACUUUUUUAUCAAAACUAUACAGGCUUGAAGGCAAACGAAGGUCAACCAGGCAGAAAAGAGGAUUGCGCCUUUGCAAGAUUGGUUUAUGAUGCUGGCACUGAAAUGAAAGAAGGCUGUCCCUAUCCUUGGGCAAUAUCACCCGAGAAGUGGCUGCAAGAUGAUAUGUACCUGAAUCUUGCAGUAGUGUUCUUAGUACUGAGGUUAGUUUACGUUUUGAUACCUGCUGUCUUGAUAAGGUUGAAAGAACACUGGGAGAAUAGAGACUACACUCAAGCGCCUCUAAGUUCAAAUUACCCUAAUACAUCUAAUGAAGGAGGUUCCUUGCUGGGGAAUGCAAGCCAAGUUAGUGAUGAUGCGGACACUGAAAAGCAAAGAGCUGGCUCUGCAAAUGGAUUGAACGAUAUAUCCGUAUCUAGCUGGUCUUCUGCUCAAGCGGUUACGCAAUCUAGCUCUGCAUCCAGCGCUGAAAGCAGCUCAAGUCGAGCUGGAUCUCCAGGUGAGGUGUAUGAUAUUGGUGAAAAAGAGAUGUAUUAAUUAAUAUGUAACAAAGUAGCUACACACAAUUCAGACUCAGCAGUGCUUUUAUACACCUGAGACUGUCGGCAUGAUAUAUUCGAACACUAUAAUGGUUUCUGUGCUGCAUUCCUUAUGGAGUGUCCGUGUAAUUUACUUCAAUGCUUUUCUAUUUCAAGUACUUCAAAGAAUGUUUCAUUCACAUUUUCCA